GGAAGUUGUGUGACACUAUGGGUAGCUUCACUUGGUUCAGUUUGGAAAUCCACACACAACUACUUUGAAGAGGAAUGCAGCACUCGUAGCCAACCAUACUUGAAUCUCAAGGCAUCAUCAUUCCAGUCAGCACAUCAUGGCUGGCUUCAGACAAGAGGAUGUCGAGGUGUAUUAUGAGAUGGAAGAGGAGCUGGGCAGCGGACAGUUUGCCAUCGUUCGUAAGUGCAAGGAAAAGAGCACAAGUAUCGAAUAUGCAGCUAAAUUCAUCAAGAAGCGGCGGCUGUCCUCCAGCCGGCGGGGGGUGAGCCGCGAGGAGAUCGAGCGCGAGGUCAACAUCCUGCGGGAGAUCCAACACAGUAACAUCAUCACCCUGCACGACAUCUUUGAAAACAAGACCGACGUGAUCCUGAUCCUGGAGCUGGUGUCCGGAGGAGAGCUGUUUGACUUCCUGGCUGAGAAGGAAUCUCUGACGGAGGAGGAGGCCACCCAGUUCCUCAAGCAGAUCCUGGACGGCGUUCAGUAUCUACACUCUAAACGCAUCGCUCAUUUUGACCUCAAGCCUGAGAAUAUCAUGCUGCUGGACAAGAACGUCCCCAACCCCCGCAUCAAGCUAAUUGAUUUUGGGAUUGCUCAUCAGAUUAAAGCGGGAAAUGAGUUCAAGAACAUUUUUGGAACACCAGAGUUUGUUGCUCCAGAAAUAGUCAACUAUGAGCCACUUGGACUGGAGGCGGACAUGUGGAGCAUCGGAGUAAUCACAUACAUCCUGCUGAGCGGCGCGUCACCGUUUCUGGGUGAGACCAAGCAGGAGACCCUGACAAACAUCUCAGCCGUCAACUACGACUUUGAUGAGGAGUAUUUCAGUAACACCAGCGAGCUCGCCAAGGACUUCAUACGUCGUCUGCUGGUCAAAGAUCCCAAGAAGAGAAUGACGAUUAAUGACAGUCUUCAGCACCCCUGGAUUAAGGUGAUUAAGAGGCGAAAUGUUCGCCAGGAGGAGAGAGACCACAAGACUGAGCGCCGCCGCCUGAAGACCACUCGUCUGAAAGAGUACACCAUCAAGUCCCACUCCAGCAUGCCACCCAACAACACGUAUGUCAACUUUGAGCGCUUCUCCCAGGUCCUCGAGGAGAUCGCGGCGGCAGAGGAAGGCCUGAGGGACCUGGAGCGCAAUCAGCGCUCGUGCAGGGAGGACGUGGCCGCGCUGCUGUCCAUAUAUGAGGAGAAGGAGGGUUGGUACAAGGAGGAGAACCAGAGCAUCUCCAGCGACCUGAGCCACAUCCGCCAAGAGCUGCAGCGCACUCAAGCCCAGCGCAAGAAGAGCCAGGAGGAGACCCGGCUCACCCUGCAGGCCGCCAACAUCCUCAAGCGCAAGUAUGGGCGCCUGGAAAACCGUUACGAAGUCCUGGCUGAGCAGGUGGCCUCAGAGGUCCGCUGGGUGGAGGAGCUGGUCAAGUCCAUAUCUGCGGAGAAGGACGGCCUCGGUAGCAUGCCCUGACAAACAAUGACACUUUAAUUCUCAAGUUUCCUCCUGCCCACCCUCUCUGCACACAGAGCAGCUUGAGUGGGUCCGUUGUCAUCAUAAGCUUCGUGCUGCUCAUCAGGAGAAAUGUUCACGCUUGAGAGAACCAGCAAGACGCAGAGAGGCAAUCUGUCGAACCCAUUCCCCCAUGAAAAGGCUCAUUCCUGUGUUUUUUUAUAAGUUAAUUUAUAAUUUUAGAGAUUUUACGUACUGUUAUUUGACUAAAUUGUUUGCAAUUUAAAACUAUAUUGGGUUUUUUUUAUUUGUCUUAGCCUGGUUAUCUUUUUAGGAACGUAAUUUCAUCUGAAUGUCCUUGUGCUGUAAAGUGAUGUCAGCUCAUUCGCUCUUGCCUCAGGUUAUUGGCCAGUUACGUGAGAAAGCUUCACAACAUGCAGCUCAUAGUGUCGGGGGUAUUUAUUUAUCCGGUUACAGUUCCGAUUCAUUUGCAGCAGAGCGUCGACUAUAAAGAUGCAAUAAACUUUAACGCUCAGCAUAGAAAGAAAGAAAGAAAUAUUUUUGGUUAAUUCUUUGUUUUUACAGAUCUGUGAUUUCUAAAUAACUUCUUGAAAGUUUCCUGGAACAGUUUAGUUUUAAUUAACAGGGAGAAUAGAGAGUUCUGAAACUUAUUCUUAGUGUAAUUAUUUGUGUCGGCAUUGCUCCGUUUAAAGCCCAGUAAUUAUUUAUUUGACAUUCAUUAAUUAUUGGAAACUUUAUUCUUCAUAUCUGCUUAAUUUUAUGUUUGCAGACACAUUUUGCUGCUAUCCUCUGACUAAAAGUCUCUCACGGUUGCACUAGCUUAUCAUUUAGAGUUAUUUAGACGUGUACCAACUGAUAACACGAUAAUAAUAUUAAUAAUAAUAAUAAUAAUAAUUCAAAACCACAGUGAAAUGGAGCUUCAAAAUGUAGAAUACAGUACAGAUGUAGAGCGCUAAUCAUAAAACAUCUCAAUAAGAUUGAUAAGAUAUAUAAAAGUGGCAGUCUGCACAGGUGUUUAAAGUUCUAGAAACUGAUCACACUUGAAUUGGUACCAACUUACACGGUUCUUGCCGGGAAAUUAUUUUGAAAUAGAAUGAAUUCACAGACCCGUAAAAAUAAAGCGUUUGAUAUGUAUAAGCUCUUCUUUGCAGUGCCUGUAAACUGAUUGACCGUAUUGCCUCUGCGAGCACUCAUCUGUCAUCGAGUUAACGACAUUUCUAUCACAUUGAUAUUUGCUCAAUGUCUUAAACGCAACAACUUUUGCACAGUAGCCUUGUAAACCAAAUAGUGUGCAUGGAAACUUUCUCUAUAAACUAACUCGUGUUAGUGUUUCUGUUUUCAUUCUGACCAUCUCUGCAAACUCGAAACAUUCCACUGAUAAGUUUCACAUCCAGGCAGCACAUUCCCCAUGCAUAGCAUAGAAAGUAUGAUAUAUGCAGUAGUAUUUUUCAGGAGAGAAAUGUACUCAUUUGCACUUAAAUUAGAGCAAAAAUCUAUUUUAAUCUGUCUCUGAAGUGUAAGGAGCUGAAAUGUCUGGCCUUGUUUCAAAUAAACAAAGUUAUCAAUGUUA